AUGAGCGACGCCACGAGCAUGAGAAGACCCGUGGAGAUCACAGAAUUCAAGGCGGUGAUCAGCGACCUUUCGGAUGGAGAACUCGCCAAAAUUCGCAGCGAGCUUGAGAACAGCAUGCGGCACCUGGACCGCUCGAACCUUCGUCUAAAAAAGUACAUCGCAACUAUUGAGGGCAAAAGGGAAGACACCCCAGAUGGCGUGGACCAAGAGGAGCUCGACAAAGUCGACGAAAAUGACCUGCAAUUGUUCGAGGAUUCGUUUCACGAGAACGAGAUCGUGCUAAGGAACCAUCACGAGCGUCUCGAGGCGCUCGACCAGGAAGAGUCCUACCGUGCAAGUGGCUCUAAGAAGCCACCUACCGCGGAAGCUCAGCAAAAAGCAAAAGCUAGAGCAGCUUCUUUUGACACCGACAACACUAAUGGCGAUGCCAACGCUGCUAACAGUGUGUAUUUGUGA